CCGACAGAGGAGACGAAUAACGGUACACUCCAAUAUUUAUGGAGCCGAUCCCCGCGUGUAACUGCACCGCAUCUGCGUGUCCUCCUGUGAGGCAGACGUGAAUAAAUGUGUUGGGAAACGGAAGCGGUGAACGGCAUUUUGGGGCUGACGAAAACAAGUGGUCCACCAUUGUCUGCGUAAAAAUAAGAAUGGCCUGGAUGUGCAAGAGGAAGUCGCUGAUCGCCACCAGUCUGAUUGUGGUGGUGUCGCUCUUCGUGGUCGUGGUGAACUACUCAGAGAAGCCCUACUUUCUCCUGCAGCCAGUGUUCGGGCAGACGUUCAGCAGCCACUGGAUGUUUUCCAAGCAGCCGUACAAGGCCUUCAAGCCUCAUCUGGGCUAUGUGAGCAUCCCCAAACAGGAGCCUCUGAAGCUGCACUGUGAGCUCUGCAGCAUCGUGUCCAGCUCCGGACAGAUGUUGGCCCAGACCUCUGGCCCGCAGAUCGACCGCUCUCCCUGCAUCUGGCGGAUGAACAACGCGCCCACGCGAGGCUUCGAGCGCGACGUGGGCCAGCGGACCACGCUGAGAGUCGUCUCGCACACCAGCGUACCGCUGCUGCUGCAGAAGCCCCACCACUUCUUCGGGCAGGGCAACGACACGGUCUACGUCGUGUGGGGGCCGCUCCGCAACAUGAGGAAGGACGGGAAGGGCAUCGUGUACAACAUGCUCCGACAGGCGGCGGACAAUUACCCUCACGCGCGCAUUUACGUCACCACGGAGGACAGGAUGAACUACUGCGACAUGGUCUUCAAGAAGGAGACGGGGAAAGACAGGAUCCAGUCCGGCUCCUACCUCAGCACCGGCUGGUUCACGCUUAUCCUCGCCAUGGACAUGUGCAAAGAGAUCCAUAUCUACGGCAUGAUCAAUGACACCUACUGCAAGACGGAGGGUUACAGAAAGGUUCCCUAUCACUACUACGAGGCGGGCAGCCGGGACGAAUGUGCAGAGUAUCAGCUCCAUGAGAGCGCCCCCUACGGCGGCCACCGCUUCAUCACAGAGAAGUCUGUGUUCGCCAAGUGGGCCAAAACUCACGCCAUCAAGUUCUUCAACCCACCAUGGCAGCUGUCAUGACCCUGGCUGAACAGACAUGGAACACCGUCAUCAUCAUCGUCUGGGCACCAGCUGGAUCUCUACAUUGACAGAAAGCGUGUUCCCUGAUGGGCACAAACAUUCACUUCGGUUGGUUGAAAUCCAUUUACAAAGGUUGCUUGAUGGCUGCUCGUCGAGUAAGAACGCUUGUUUGUUUUUUAAGGCCACACAAUUAGAAAGAUGAGCAGUUAGGAUUGGACCAACCCAGACAGCCAAAACAUAUCUCCUGUUUCUUUUUCAGUGUUUUCCUUGUGAAUCUGAGAGCAGCGAGUGCACAGCCUGCUGCUCUCAACUGACUAAUCGAUCCGUUCGCUGCUCUGUGAGUUUAGCAAAGGAUGGCCCGAAGACUAACAAUAAGAAAAAGGAGAAAACAACAGGAAGGAGUAACAACCAUCUGUCAACUUUCAGUGACCUCAGCGGCUGACAUGUCUGCAGGCUGCUGCACAUUGCAAAGACUGAAUUCAAAUGUUUUUAAGGACUGGAGCUGAAGAAGAGCUCAGCUGCUGCAGCAGAGAGGAGUCACGUUGCCAUGGACGCCUGACAAGCUCGCCUACUCUGUUUCCCCCUGCGUGUCCAUCUUCUGUCAGGCUGUAAUUAAUCUAUAACGAGUAUUUUAUUCAGGCCUUCAACUCUGAUUGAUGGAUUAUUAUUGGGGCCAGGUUUCAAUUUACUCUGCUCCGUCUAAAAAAGCUUCAACAAACAUUUCCAAAAGCGAAAAGAAAUCGGCUUUCAGUCAAACUUGAAGGUCAACUAGAGUUGUGGAUGUAAAUCAGCUUGGUUGUUAUGUUGUGUGUGUGUGUGUAAACCACUCAAAGAUGUCAACUUUUUUCUUAUAUAAUGCUGUGAAAUUGAAUUCAAGACACAUGUUUUGGCUUGAUUUCCAGAUAGGUUGCUAAUUUAUUCUGCAGAGAAAAGUUGAGCAGUGUGCCGUUGACGGUGUGGGCAUCACAGCACAUGGAGCUAUGUGCAAUUAGAAACUCCACACUUACGGAAGGAGAUCAUUUGUGACCCCGCAGAGGGAGAGCUUUAUGUGUGCAGUGAAACCAUUUGAAGUUAAUUGUAUUCUAUUAUCAUUUUGUGCCUGCAAUAUACUCUUGCAGUUCAUUGUAGAGAGACAGAGGAAGCUGCUCUCUCUCUCUCUCUCUCUCGCUCGCUCAUAUUCUCACCCAGCUUUGUGCCUCUUUGUGGACAGUAUCACUGUGUGAACACAUCUUGCCAUUUGUCUUUGAAAGGCACGCACGUGUCUCCUGGUUCAGGUCAUUAUACACAGUAUAAAUGCAUCUUUUCUAGAAUAAUCAGUGAAGUGCUGAGGUGUGUAGGCUGCCGAGGAGCGGGGGAGGGCUGAGACACUCUGUGACCGUGACUCUCCUCCCUCCCUCGAGGCUAUGAUUAGUGUCCCGGUCAGAGCUGCUGCCCAGAGGGGAGGACUGGAAGGAUUCAAAGACUCCUAAUUUAGGCGACUUGAUGCACAGGGUCCCUGACGACUGUAAUGUACUGCAGCUGAGCUUCGCAAUCUCACUCCUGCUGCAGAGCACUGUUUACGACCACACAUAGGCACUCUAUUUUGGGCUUUGGGAUUUGGAGAUUUACAGGUCAAAAGACAUGGAGGUUGAAGCUGGCAGGUUGUUGGAUGUCUUGGCAGGUGUGUGUAGCUGCCACGGAUUCAGUGUGGCGAGGAGUUGAUUGUUGAAUUUGACUACUUUUAGACCAAUCAUUUUCAGCAUUGUGUCCCCUUUGCAAUAGGAUUUAGAUGUUCAUGCUGGGAAGGAAAAUGUACAGGAGGUAUCACUGAACAGUUAAUUGAAAAGAUAAUGGAUACAAAAUGUAAAAUGAAGAGGACCCUCUUUGAGGUUUUUGGACAGAAUUAGGAAGGUGGUGGGGUGUGUUGUUAGAAGUGGGACAAAUAAAUGCGAAUUUUUCUGGGAUUAGCGAGAGCAAGACCAGACGGGAUGGCACUUCUUGUGAUAUUCAAAUGCCUGGAUUCAUGUGUGUUAACCUGCCUGUAGAUCAAUGGUCAUUGAUAUGAUAAUGUGAUAGAUGUCUCCCAAUAUGUUCCGUAUCCUGACCCCCGGUUAGAGUGAUAUGAUGUCACUGGCACCGGGAAGUCUCACCAAGUCUGAAAGGAUCAUAGAGUGGAAACCCUAAGU